AUGAUUGAAGACGCUAUAACAUCAGCUGCUGAUGAAGCUCGAAUGACUGAUGAAAAUAACAGUCGAACAAGAUUAUUUAUUCACCGUAUAUUCGAUUUGUUGCCAAUUUCGUUACGACAACAAUUUUUAUCGUUAGAUGCUCAUGAUUAUCCUCGACCCAAAGAUAUUAAAAAUAAUAUUCUCAAUACGUUGUCGAAAACAGUGCCAGAUUUUAGUGCUGAUGAAUUAGGAACCAUGAUUGAAUCAAUACGUGCUCAAAUGGUCCAUCGUCUUCAAAAUGAUAUUAUUAAACUACGUUGUGGAGAGCCCUGUCCAAUAUGUAAAGUACCAUGUCAUUUAGAAGCUGGCUAUAAUUCCUAUGAAAUAGAUUUACUGAAGUUAAGUGGUCAAGCAAUUGUUGGUCGAGCUAUACAGAUAUUAUUAACAGCUUGA